AUGUUAUUAAUUUGCUUAUCUCUAAUUUUAUUUACAAAAACUAUGACGCUAUCUCUAUAUAUGAAGAACCUAUCAUCUCUAUACGCUCAGAAUACCCCAAUACUAACUCAAUCAAUACUAACUCAAUCAAUACUAACUCAAUACUCUAAACCAAUACUAACCCAAUCAAUACCAACUCAAUACAAUGCCAAUCUUAUACGGCGCACUACUUUGGGUCUAGCAAUCUUACUCGUAUUGUUGAAUUGGACUGUGGUGGUUAAUGCUUCAAACCAGAUAGCCAAAGAGAAAAUUGAAGUUCUAAACUCCAUCGGGUUUAGUUGGCAAUGUCCUCAUGACGAGUCAAAGCUAAACAUUACGUUUUGCUCCCCUCAAUACCCAUUCGAACCUGUUUCUGAUGCGAAUUUAGCCCAACGUAUUGCAGCACAAGAAACCCCACUCAAAUAUACCGUAGAGUUGUUAAAUGACGAAAUUAAGUUUACACUGCCGCCUGAGCUAGAUUCUAUAAGGGCUAAGGCGGUUUUGGAAGAGCUACAAAAUAUCAUUGAAUUUAAGGCAGAGGUAGUUUGGAUAAUGUAUAUCGAAAAUAAUCAAGCUGAUCAUAUACUGAACAUGCAAAUUCUAUCUCGGGCCGUCAACUUGUUUGAGUGUCAGCAGCUACACCUUGAAUUGAAUCCGAACUUGGAAAUGGACCAUCUAGAUACUAACCCAAUACUAACCCACCCUAUGGUCUGCCGAGAAGAGGCUCAAAAUACGUAUAGCCAGAUCAAUUAUAUGCUGCCGUGUACACUAUUCAGUUGCUAUAGAUUGAGCGAGGUGUUUGAGAAAUUCUUAGCUUGUAAGGUUCUUUUGUUACGGCCAAUUUCAGGUCUUAAAUUAGUCGGUGAUUGGGGCCAGGACAUCUCUUUUGUUAACCGCCUGUCUCUUAAACAAGACUAUACUCUUCGAUUUGACCCGUGGGGCUGCAAGAACGAUGCCAAACUUGAUUUCGGGCUUCUUCAACAAUCUCCUGUUAGAUGUGGCAUGGUUCUAACCCAAUGUUCAGAUAAGCUAUAUGAUCAAAUUAUCGGACUUGAAAAUACAGCUGAUAAACAUCCCGAAUUAACUCUAGCCGUCAAAUGGGAUACUAUUAUGACUAGCUAUCCAUUUGAUAGACUCCAUCCCCAAACAACAAUCAACGUUCAUACUCUUUUGCUCCUUGAUGCUGGCAACGAGGCUAUCAAACAAAUGAAUUAUAUAUCCAAACUCGAGCACACUGCCCCGUCUUGGAUCAAAGCCAAAAAGCUUAUUUGUGAAUUCAACGAUGGCGUGCCAUGUAACUUCUUAUCAUACUACCAAGCUCUUUUUACCCCCACCGCCUUGGCCAAGUUAAGCAUCACAGUUGAUGAAGUCGAACUGGUUUAUUCAAAGAUCGGCCGAACCAAUUUACAGGACACCUUGAAUGCACUUUUCCCUGGCACGAAGUUCCCAGAAAUGGAGAAACCCAACCCAAUUAUGUGCUGUGGCGAUGCACUCAGUGGCACGAUUGAGCUUAUGGAACCAGUUAACUUUUCAUCUGAUUUUGAGUGCUACGACUACUACAAGGAUUAUUUCUGCCAGCAUUUGCGCUACACCACUAUCAACCUCGAUGGAAACAAAACUAUAUCACUGAAAAAUGCCUACCAAUGCACUCAGUUGUUAAUGCUAUUCCGAAACAUCAAUGCCACUGAGCUUCAAAUCUCAAAUACAUUUGGCAGUGUUAAUUGCCCUUUCGACCUGCAAGCACUGCAUAUGGCCAAGUCCCCUGGCCUCAAAUACCAACUCAAUAUCAGCAAAUUGGUGCUUGAUAAUACGCCCGAGUGUCUUUUUAACUGGAUACUAGACAAUUAUGAGUUUGUUUGUCCGAUAGAGAUCUAUAUCCGCAACCACCAGCUCAACAACCUUGCUGUUGUCAAAAUACUUGCUCAUGAGGAGGCUCGUAAUAUCACCAAACUCGUGAUUGUUGGCCUUCUGGGCUUAAGUGAGGCCGAGCCGGCUAGCCAGGGAAAUAAGACUGACGAAUUCUCACUGCCUAACUAUAUAAAGGCCUAUGAAGGAAAGAAAACAACUCAAGAACUUGGCCUGCACAAACUGUUCAUGGUCCCAGGAUGCAUCAACAUUGGGCAACACAUUUAA